AUGUCCAUAAUUGAGCCAUUUUUUAUCGGGGCAUCGUCUGGAGCUCUGUCGACGAUGUUGCUGCAGCCUCUGGACGUCGUGAAAACAAGGCUUCAGCUGUUUGACAAGUUAAAUACAAAUAAUAAAGCUGGAUUGCCAAUUGGUUUUCACAGAAAUAAUCUCCAGUUCAAAAACCAUUCUCUGGUAAUAGUUAAAGAAAUUUUGCUAACACAGGGUUACACAGGACUAUGGAAAGGAUUGUGUCCAUCUCUGCUAAGAACUGUACCAGGUGUUGGUGUUUACUUUACAUCACUGCACUGGAUGACUAAGGAGUUUUGUGACAGUAAACCGUCAGUCAGCGAGUCGUUGUUCCUCGCAAUGUUAUCUCGAACCAUCGCUGGAACUGCUGUCAUGCCCUUUGCUCUGUUGAAGACGAGGUAUGAGAGUGGAAUUUUUUCCUACCAUUCAACAGUAGACGCCUUAUUAAGAGUCUACAGGGGUGAGGGCAUCAAAGGGAGCUAUCGAGGGCUGGUUGCCACCAUGUGUCGGGACGUUCCAUACUCUGGCAUCUACUUUGUCCUCUACAACUCUUUGAAACACUUCCUCACUGAUGAUUUGAGCAUGAGUUCUUCUUCUACAAGUUUAUAUUUGUCCUGUGGAUUAGUAUCUGGCUUCCUGUCUUCACUGCUCACACAUCCACCGGAUGUGGUCAAAACUCAAGUGCAAACAUAUCCAUCCAUUUGUCAUAAUUACACACAAGCCGUCCGACACAUAUACAAGCAUAGUGGGAUGUUGGGCUUCUUCAAAGGACUGCCCCCGCGACUUCUCAAGAAAACGUUGACAUCUGCGCUUUCCUGGACUGUUUUUGAGAGGGUGAUGCACCUUCUGACUGAACUUCGACAGCACAAACUCUAG